AUGCUCUUCCCCGACCUCGGCCCCCUUGGGCUCAGCAAUGUCUUGGUUGUGGUGGUGGGAUUGAGUAUCUUCUAUGGUGCUUGCGUGGUUAUCUAUCGGCUCUUGUUCCAUCCGUUGGCCAGUUUUCCAGGGCCAAAACUGGCGGCGGCGACAUUAUGGUAUGAGUUCUACUACGACGUGGUGAAGAGAGGGCAAUACACUUUCAAGAUCAAAGAGCUGCAUGAGAAGUAUGGCCCAAUCGUCCGGAUCAAUCCCCACGAGAUCCACGUAUACGACCCGAAAUUCUAUGAUGAGCUGUACACGAACCCGCCGCGGAAGCGCGACAAGUAUCAGUGGUGGGUAAACCUGGCAUCGGCGCAAGGCUCCGGGUUCAGCACGGUCCCGCACGACCUCCACCGAAUGCGCAGGAGUGUACUCAACCCUUACUUCUCCAAGGCCAACAUUUUCCGCCUGGAGCCCGUCAUCAUGGAACGCAUCGAGAAGCUGUCGAAGCGUCUGGCCGAGGCGGCCUCCAGCGAUCAAAUCGUUCGACUCGACGUCGCUUUGAUGGCAUUGACCACAGAUACCAUCUCCCAGUAUGCGUUCGGCCAGGAUACACGAUACCUCGACGAACCGGACUUUUCGCUCAUGUGGAAAGAGACAAUCAGAGGCGGCUUCGAGACGGGCGCCCUCUGCCGCCAGUUUCCCUGGAUGGUGCCCACGAUGAAGCGACUGCCGCCGAGCGUCGUCGCGGCCAUGAACCCUCAACUUGGGUUCUUGAUGCAGUGGCAGAACCGUGCCAAAGCAAACGUGCAGGGCAUUCUGAACGAAAAGCCGAACAAGAGCGGCAAAGGAAACGCCGCCGCCGGCGACGGCCAAGAGCGCCAGACCAUGUUCCAUACUCUGCGCGACAGUGAUUUGCCAGCCUCCGAGAAGUCACUGGAGCGACUUUGUGACGAAGCAGAGAUCAUGUUGGGUGCGGGCAGCGAAACUACAGCCGCGACGCUCUCGCGGAUCUGGUUCUACCUCCUUCACUCGCCAUCUAUCCUUGAGAAGCUUCUCGCAGAACUGCGAACAAUCAUCCCAUCCCCAGACUUGGCCAUCCCGAAACUGUCGACGAUCGAGCGUCUGCCGUACCUCUCGGCCAUCAUCAGCGAAGGUCUUCGAAUCAGCUACAGCGUGACCACGAGGACGCCGCGCAUCGCUCCCACAGAGACGCUACGGUAUGAAGACUGGUUCAUCCCUGCUGGCACCCCGGUGUCCAUGACCAACGCGCUGGUUCUGAUGAACCCAGAUCUCUUCCCUGAGCCCGAACGGUUCAAGCCAGAGCGGUGGCUCGACACCGGCAGCGGCAGUGGUAGUGGUCGCAGUCUGGAGAAAUACCAAGUGGCCUUCUCCAAGGGGUCGCGGCAAUGCUUAGGCAUGAACCUGGCGUAUGCUGAGAUGUUCUUGACCAUGGCGACGCUGUGGAGUCGCUUUGAUUUCGAGCUGUACGAGACGACGUUGGACGAUGUGCUGUGGAAGCAUGACUUCUUCACUGCCUUUCCGGAGGAUGCAAGUAAGGGGAUCCGGGUGAAGGCGAGACAGAGAAGCAGGUAG